GAUGUAUCACAGUCCCAUCAUCCUCUUCCUGGUGCGAGCGUGUUGACACAUUGCACCUACUUUUGGGUGGCAAGAACAAGCUGCCGAGGCGACUGUUUGGCCAAUGACACGGUUUUCAAGUGGAAAGACAGUCCGGCGAGAGGAAAGGCAGCCAUCGAGAAACGUUUGACGUUUGUUUACAGGCACGCGGCGUCGGGCUGCUUGGAACAAGAGUUUCAGCGCACGCGGAAACUGCUGCGAGUUUACAAUGAAGGCGCGCGCGACAAGGUGAAUUAAAGCCAUUGCUGUUACUUACUUUGAAAAAAUGAGGUUUCGGCUGCUCAAAAAGAAUCUGCUUGCGCUGCUGGGUGUUUCCUGUGUAGUUGUGACUCUCCUGUUCUCAACACGUGUGUUUUUAAUUUCCGAUGAUGACAUUGGUGAACCUAAUGAUAUCGUGGUUCAGGGAAACCAGGUCAUGCAUUCUGGUGACAUGCAGAAGUUUAGCUUUGGCUCGCUGCCAGAAUUAACUCAGUCCGUUUACAGUGCCAAUUACAAGCAGCAUGUUCACAAUGCGGACAAGUUUCCAGGGGAGCCUCGACUGGUGCUGGUUGUGCAGGUCCAUGACAGGCCUGAAUACCUCAGACUGUUCAUCCAGUCGUUGGAGAAAGCUGCAGAGGUCCACAGCUUCUUCCUCAUCUUUAGCCAUGACUAUUUUUCAGAGGAAAUAAACGCCAUUGUGCAAGGAAUAACUUUUUGCAGAGUGCUGCAAAUUUAUUUCCCCUUCAGUACUCAGCUGUAUCCGAAUGAGUUUCCUGGGAAGGAUCCACGAGACUGCCCUCGAGACACAUCCAAGGACAACGCUCUCAAAACAAGAUGCCUCAAUGCAGAACACCCUGACUCCUAUGGGCACUACAGGGAGGCCUUCAUCACUCAAACCAAACACCACUGGUGGUGGAAACUGCAUUUUGUGUGGGAGCGAGUGCAGGCCCUGCAGGGCUACAGCAGCUUUGUCAUCUUUCUGGAAGAAGAUAACUACCUCUUACCUGACUUUUUCCAUUUCUAUAAAUCAAUGAUAGAGUUCAGGAAGAGCAAAUGUCCAGAUUGUGACAUGCUGGCUUUGGGUAACCUCAAUGGCCUGGCUGAUUUUACCACACUGUCCAAUAAGGUGUUGACCACUGGCUGGAUGUCCACUAAACACAACAUAGGCAUGGGCAUCUCCAGGGAGGUGUACUACAAACUGAUGGGCUGCAGCAACGAAUUCUGCACCUAUGACGACUACAACUGGGACUGGACUCUGCAGCACCUCUCCGGAGCCUGCAUAUCAAAACCCCUCAAAGUGCUUGUGGCACAGGGCUCCAGGGUUCUCCACACAGGGGACUGUGGCCUUCACCAGAAGAAAAACUGCAGACCAGAAUGGGCCACACAGAAGGUUGAGGAGAGCCUUCAAGCAACCAAGGAUGGCCUCUUCCCUCCAUCUCUUGUUCUUAAUGGUGCGCUAGCAGUGGAGCACAGGGAACACAUGAAGAACGGAGGUUGGGGAGAUGUUCGAGACCAUAUUCUGUGCAAUAACUACGCCAAACUAUAACUUUUCUCUAGGUAUUACGAGUAAACUGUUAGUUGGGUUUCUGCAGAUGUGCCAUUCAUAUAUAACUUUUCAGGGUUUCAGAGGCUGCGGUGGGUUGCCUUUUCACUUUGACUGUGUUAAUGUCUUCCAAGAAGUAGGACCAGAGGAUGCUGCAUGUACACAGCUCGACUUCAACUUGCAUUUAAAUCUUUUGUUUUUAAUCACCAAAGCUGCACAGUUGCCAAAGACUAUUGUUGAUAUGUUUUGUUGUGUAUAAUGCAUGCAAGCUCACUCAUGCUUCUUGAUAUCAUGUCAAGAGGUUUGUGUGUCUGGGUGUCUUACAAAACAUUAGAUUAGAUUUACUGCACAGUGAUGGGGCGGUGGGGUGGGGUUAUAUAUCAAUUACGAUAUCAGCAUGUCCAUAUACACCCACUAAUUUGCAAUUUUGUUUGCAAAUAUAUUUCCUGAGCACACUGCACAGGAUGAUUAUUAACGAGAAGUUAAACAUGGUUGUUUGUGGUGAAUUAACAACUUGCAUCCAGUAGCAGUGUUUUUUUACAUGUGCUUUCAUGGUACGAUUAUAAGUAUAACAACAAAAAGGCACAUGAAAUGUUUUAUAGGUGACUUCUAGGUUUAAUCGAAAUGUGUAUGACAAUCUUAAAUAUAGGGGAAGUUAUACAGUGACUGUUUCUUUGAAGUUGACUUUAAUGUCAAAAUUACGUCAUGCACAUAAUGGGAUUGGUGUUACUGGAUAUAACCUUCACUUUCUGACUGUCUUUUUUUUUUUUUGAGAUGAGGUCAACUGAACCCACUUAAAGGACCAGUGUGUCAGAUUUAGGGAGAUUUACUGGCAGAGUGCUGCAGAAAUUGAAUAUAAUACUCAUAUAUAUGUUUUACUAGUCUAUAAUCACUUGAAAGUGAGAAUAGUUUUAUUUUUUUACCUCAAAAUGCUUUUUAUGUUUCAGGGGGAGUGGGUCAUCUUCCACACAGUCUGCCACGUUUCUAAAGUAGCCCAGAACUGACAAAACAAACACUGGCUCUAGAGAGCACCUUUUGCGUUUCUUGCAAGUUUUGCAGCCACCAUAGGUUCUCCUACACACUUGGAAAGUGAGGGAUGCAACCGUGCUGGUAGAUGCCAUUAAAUCCUACACACUGGUCCUUUAAUCCUUCUCCUGCUCUGCACUGGAGGCAUUUCUGGUUGCAACAACGCAAGCUGGCUUGAUAUUGAUUUUUCUUUUUUUCCCUUUUGGUUGUGACUGUAUAUUUGCUUUCUGAUAGGUGAAAAGUGACCUUUUGGAGUCUUGCUCAAGAUUUUUCAUUCUGAAACACCAGGCUCAUCUGUGAUUCUACAUUUGUAUUUGCACCUUCUUUGUUAGGAUUUAUUUUAGGAUGUAACAUCCAAAUGAGAACUGAAUGAAGUGCAUUGGGAUUUCAUAAGAAGAAAGACAUGUUCUUUUCUGGCAUUCAUCUAAUAGUAAAAAAAAAAAAUCCCACUGUAGCUGAAGUGCCUUUGUAUAGUCUAAAACAAUAAGAAAAUUAGCACAAGAACAUUGAUAUUGCCUUAAAACUGACCAAAAGUGCCUUCUGAUUGUUCCUUUGUGCCUAAACUUUGUUUUAGAAGAGAUUUUUAAAGGUGCACUGAUAACAUUGUUGACCGAGUAGUUAUAUUUGCAUUUGUCAACUCUGGGGACUUGUAAUUCUCUUAAUAGAUAUUUUUUGGUUGCGUCUUUAUUCAUGAGAUGGUGAAGAAAAAUGAAUGUGAAUGCAGAUUUCACAGAAAUCUUCAUUGUAUAGUCUGGUGAAAUGAUUUCAGAACGUUGGCAUCUGGACUGUAUAACAUGUGACAGUAGCUCCAAAUAAGUGGUCUAACCUUGUAUUGGUGUACCUCAGUGUGCCUUCUGGAGAUUCCUGGACCAGAAAUAUGAAAUGAAUGUGGCAAUGAAAUCAAUUAUCUUCUAUUUUAUGUUGAAAAGUACAGUCAGUUCUUAAGGAACUUGGCAGAGAUGGCCUAGUACAUGAAGAACAACUAGAAAUGACCGUAUGUAUGUGUGUGGGUUGCUUGAUGAGUUCUUUAUUGGUGAUAUGUACAGUUGUUGACAAUGAUCUUUAUUUUCUUGUUGUUUCUUUCUGAUAAUCACUUGAAAUAGCUGUUCAUUGUUCACCCAAUGUUUACCAAAUGGGAAAAAAUAAAAGGCUGAAUUUUAA